AUAUAUAUGUAUGUGUUAUUUUCGUAUUUUCGCAAACUAAAAGUUUUUUCUUUCGUAUAAUAUUUUUUUCUUUAUUUUUUUUUAACAAUAUGGCCCAUAUUGAUAAACGCGUUCCUAAUAAAAAACAAAAUAUUCAAAGUUUAUCACAAAAUAACUUGUGUCACAAACAGUCGCGUUACCCGGAAAUUCAAAAACAAACAUGGGAUACUUACACCGUCAGAGACCUCGAGAUACUUUCGGAUAUAAUAACUUUAGCUACGUACACUUCACGUAGUUUAACAGAAAUAACACCAUUCUCGUAUAUGUCAUUGUUUAGAGCUUAUGAUGUUGUAUUAUCUACAAGAAGAAUUGACGCUAAAAUUGAUACAGUUUAUUAUCAAUUUUUAUUAAAAUUAUCUUUAGUACCUGGAAAUAAUUGGGGUGAAAAAUUUGAAAAUUCUAUCAAGGAUCUCGGAUUAAAAUCAGAUAUUGAACAGCGUAGUUUGAUAUUUAAUAAAUCUGAUGGAUCUGAAUCAGAUUACACUAUAGAGAGUAAUAUUUCUUUGUCUUCAUUGGAUCAUGGUAUAGAAAAUACUAGUUUUGAUAAUGACAUUAAUUUUAAAGCAAAUGAAAUUGCUUUAGAACAAAACUAUGAUAAUGUUGAAGAGAGUUUUGAGUCGUCAACAAAGGUUUUUUCUCAGAGUAGAAUAUCAAAUACUAUUGAUUAUAAGAAACGAUCACCUAUGAGAAAAGAUUUUUUUAAUAUUGAAGGAAGUAGUAAAUCUGAAGUCACGCUUAAGGGAGAUUAUUCGAUACUGGAAAAGAAUGCAUUGAAUGGUCCUAUAUCGAAUAAUAAUAAUAAUAAUAAUAACAAUAACACAACAUUCUUUGUCUCGGAUGAUGGGGAAGAUGAUGAUCUUCAAGAAAUGGAAAGAUUAAAAGAAAAAUUACGAAUAUGUUUUAAAGAAUGGAGCAAGUUUACAAUAAAAAUUCGAGCAUUUCGUGCAAAAGGAAUCAGACAGUGGAAAUUAGCUAUAAAUUUUCAUCAAAAAAAUUUACUAAAAAGUUAUUUUCAUAAAUUGAAAAAUAAUUAUCAAAAACAAUUAGUAAAUAAAAAAUUAUCGGAUGAGAAAUGUAAAGAACUUGUUAUGAGAAAAUAUUUAAUCAAGUGGUAUCAUCGUAAGCAAUAUGUUUCUUAUAUUGAAGAACAAGUGAUACUUAUUGGACAAAGGAAUUUGUUAAAGCGUCACUUUGAAAGAUGGCUUUGCCGGAUACAACAUAUUGAUAAUCAUGUUCAGUUAGCUAAAAGACAUAAAAAUCAAUGUUGUGGAAGAUUACUUAAUAAAUUUUUCACAAAAUGGUCAUCAAAAUAUAAAACAAAAACAAAAAAUAAAGAAAUCUUAAUUGAAAAUUUUAAAAUAUGGAGAUUAAAAUUCAUUUAUAAUUUAUUAAAUGGGGCUAAUCAAGAUGCAUUAUUAUCUAAAUAUUUUAAUAUGUGGAGAGAUAAUUAUUUUGAUAAAUUAGAUAAAUUAAUAUCUAGUUCACAAAAAUAUAAUUAUAUUGAAGAAGGUACUGAAGACACUUUGGCACAAAGAGUUUUUGAUAAAUGGAGAGAUCGGUAUAAUAAUAAUAUUUCAUUAGCGGAAAUGGCCGAAGAUGAUUAUAAUACGAAAUUAAUAAAAAAUGCUUUUAUACAUUGGAAAAGAGCAAAUGGGAAAAGGCAAAAAAUUAUUAAAGAAAUCGAUAUGCAACUUAAAAACCGAUAUUUUGUUGAAUGGUAUAGCAAGUGCUUACAGAAGUGGAAACAAAAAUAUAGGCAGAGGGAAUUGGCAAUUAAAGUUCUGCGAGAAUGGCGUAGUUGGACGGCAAAAACGCGUAGGAAAAAAAUUGGGCAAACCAACCGAGAAUUGGUAAAGCCAAAACAAAAGUCAUGUAGUAAAAAUAAAAAUUGAAUUUUUAUUUUAUUAUAUAAAAAAUACUGAAAAAAUUUUUUUUUUAAUAACUGUUUAACAAUUAAGUGUGACUGAAAAAAGAACAUUCAUAUUUUUAUAGAAUCUUUUUUUAGAUUUUUCAAAAAGAAUGUUCAUUUAUUAGAUUUAAGGGAUAGAGCAUGUCAUUUUUGAAAAAUGAUGUGUUAUUAAA